UACACUCGUAUGUUUAUAUAUCACACAUAACACAUCUACCCGGUUAGAUCGUGCAUUUAAACACCACGAGGACCUAAAAUCCUCGUGUCCGAGGCUCCCUUGAACUUUGUCACUUGUACGGUGGAAAAUAUUUAUUUAAAUAUUUAUAAGUGCUUGGCUCUUGGCCAAAAUUCAAAGGGUUUCAUCAAAAUGACCUUCACUAAAUGUCGGGUGGGCUUCGAUUAGUCGAUAGUAAACACAACAAUCUUCAUAGACACUAGACUGACUUUUAGCAAAUAAUAAUUAACAUAAAUACAAAGUGAAAAAUAUAAAAAUAUUCAGUGAUAAUACUUUUCAUUAACAUUACAUCAACUUGAAUCUAAAUCAGUCCGUCACGUUUUUACAAUUUUUACGACGCGAAUCAAUCGAACGAGUAAAAUUAAUUCGGAAUUAUCUCAUUGCAGUCGAGUGAGAAAAUUAUAAAAUAGGGUGUUUAAUAAAAUAAAAAUGAUGACGGUUGUUGAUAUUAAAUCCAAAGUGGAGCAUCGGAAAAUUUUUUUAAAAGCCAGAAAAUGUGUCGGAGGCAGCGGGGGUGGAGAAUUUCGUUCAAUUAUAAUCAGUAAUUGUGGAAAAGAAAAAUAAAAAAAAAAACAAAGCUGAGAAUUGUUGAAUUGGACUGGGAAUUGUGGACGCAUAAGGGUCCUGGGAAGGGCCAUGGGGGAUGAGACAGAAUGUUCUCUGAGCUGUGCAGGGAGACUCUCCGGAAGGCCGCUGUCUGCUACAGUUCUGGUCGGUCAGGAAGUCCCAGCUCAUCGCCACCAACGUCACCGCCGCCCUCACCAGCUAAAGAAGCAAAAACUUCUGCCAACGCUGAAUUGGCAAAUGUCAACCUCAACUCUCCCAACGACCAAGUCGGAGAGUCAUCUCUAUCGACACCAUCAUCAGCCAACACACAUGUCAGCAGACAACAUCUUUACCAAGGAAGCGAGCCAUCCGCGGCUAAGGACGCGCGGGAAGUCCCUAACAAGAGGCCUAGCUACGAAUAUAUCGAAAAGCGAGCUACGAUGCCCACGGAUUUCAGCAGAAAAUCGCGACGCGAUCGCCGCAGGUACUACUCGUAUCCGGACGAUAUCCGCGAGUGGAGAUCCGUGUCUUGUGACAGAGACAGAGACAGAGACCAAAUGUAUUAUUGCCAAAAUCAAAACAUUAACUAUGAGUACCGUCGAGAGUACGGCAGGUACCGUAGGGACUCCUCAGGGUCUUCGACCGAUCAAGAUGACUCCUCGACCUCGGGAGAUGAAGCCGGAGCCGCUCCUGAGGAAUCAAACCAAAGGUCCAGUUCUGCACACCAUCGCCACUCUCUCACGAAAGAACAAACGAUUCAUUGGUUUGCCGAUAUCGGACACAGCCGAGAUUCGCUUAACCCAGAUUCGAAGCGUCGGAGUCUCUACGACGAAGACUCCCUAGAUGGCGAUCAUGAGAGUGGCAAGCAAGGACGAGAGUCGACUGGAAGUCUAAAAGAGCUGGACAGGGCAAAGCUUGUGCGUGAAAGACAAAAUGAGGAGAGGCAGCGAAAGCUCGAGGAGUUGAAGAUGCAAGCUCUUUCUGCUCAAAAGUUCCGCGAGCAAAGGGAUGAAGAACGGAGGAGACGAAUUGAUGAACUUAGAUCGAGAGAUAGUGAUAGGCGAACUCAAGUCGAGGAAAGAAAGCGCAUGAUAUGGGAAGCAGAAAGAGAACGACGCGAAGCGAUCCUCCGGAAAAACCAAGAGCGCGAGGCGCGCAUUGAAGCCAAGAAGAAAAACGAGAGAUCACACAUCGUGUUUGCGUUCGGCAGCUCGACCCCGCGGAUGCUAGAGCCCGCGGACACGGGCGGCUCUUCUUACUGGGCCACGCGCAGAGCGACCUCAACCACCAAUGUGAUGAUGUUCCCCGCAGCCCAGCCCCUCACCAGGCGAUCCUCCGAGCGCGAGCUCGACGGGAGCAAAAAGCGCGCAACUUCCGCCGGUGGACUCGAUCGCAAGCCCGGCGAAGAUAUGAGAAUGUCCUCGUCUAUGUACGAAGUGUUUAAUUGGAAUUCUAGUCCUGAUCCUUGUCUAACCCACGUGAAAAAUAAAAGAGCCAGCCUCUCGCUGCCUCAUUCGACCGACAUCUUUGCCAUCGAUGAUAAAUCGGAUAGUGACUCUAGACGUGCGGCAAUCCAGCAGGCCAGUGGUGAGGAGAACGAUGGUCCAGCAGGAACCCCGAGCGCAGUGUACCUCCGCGUAAACCGCCGCCGAACGGACCUGAUGCCAACGAUACCGUCGCCAAGGGACACACCGCCGAUGUCGGGUCGUAGUUCGAGCGCCAAGGCCUUCACACGCUCUCCAGGUAGGACUUACUCAAUGUCGAGGCUGGAUCAGCUUGCGCAGCCGAGGAAGCCGCGCGUGGGCGAGCUCGGGACUCUGAGCGAGCAGCAGAGCAAUCCCCAGCACAAUCCAGACCGGCACUCUGCUCAGACCCUGGGCGCUUCCAGCAUGAGUCGCAGCAUGUCGCAUUUGGCUGCGCCCGGGUCCAUUAGCAAGGCCAGUUUGAGUCUUAAACGGUCUGAUAACUCGCGUAGCAUGGGCACUUUACCCGGUGCAGUUCCUACUCCAAGGCCGACUCGGGCUGAGAAACUCCGCAGAAAGGCACGUGAGCAGUAUGCUCAGCAGCAUCAACAAGGUAUCCGCAGCGGUGAAGUGACACCAAGCAGUCCAUCACGACCUCACAGUUCCAUGAGCCAACAGAGCAACAGCAGCGUGGCCAGUAGUAACGUCAACCUACGUCCUCGCACAUCAACAACUCCGCGACGUCCGCGACCCGCUUCUAUUGCCGGAACUGGCGUUACUGUCACAGAUCGACACAAUGUAUCAGGUGAAGCAAAAUCUAAAGAUUCAAAGCCACCACUGCCAAAGGUCCACUCAACUCCAAAGAAACCGUCGUCAUCUUCAACCCCACGUGCAAGUAGCACCGAAAAAGAAAUAAUAAAGAAGCCCGGUGACAGAUUGAUUAAGAGCGCUCGUGCGUCUCCUCGCAUAACUCCGAAAGCAACACCGCUCCAGAGUCCUGGUGCUGAGCAACCGCCUCUGUCUCUGAUAAGACAAGACACUCAGGAGAUAAUUAAAAUAAACGACAGUAAAGAAGAACAGCUUGUUCAACACGAGAUCGCAGUGAUUAAAACCACUGAAGACAAACAGCCGGAGUUGGAGCUUCGGUCUGAGAUGGAGCACGAGGAGGAGAAGAAGGACAUGGGAAAUGAAAAAUCCCAUGGUGUCACCGAGAUGACAGGCAAAGUUAUUGAAACAAUCCCACAGCCGGAGCUCAGUCAGUCCAACUCUGUCAGUCGAGGCCAGAAAUUAGAGCCGGCUUCUAAUGGAAACAUUUCUCUCAAGGAAGAAAAGGAGAAGGAAGAAAAGAAGAAAGAUAACCACGAGGUAGCUGAUAAGAAGUCCGCUGAUGAGGGACUGGGUGAGGAAGCUGUUGACAUGUCCGCUUCGAUGAUCGCCAAGAUCCGUAUCACCACUGAGGACGAAGCUAAGGCUGCGCUGGCUGAACGCAGAAGACUGGCUCGUGAACAGGCCGAGCGCGAGGCUGAGCUCGAGCGUCAACGACUGGAAGAAGAGGCGAGACUUGAAGAGGAACGGUUGCGUGCUGAAGAAGAGGAGCAGCGACGUCUAGAGGAGGAGGCUACUCGUCUCGCGAACGAAGCUCGUCUUGCUGAGGAACUCCGGCUUCAACAGGCCAUCGAGGACGCUCAGAGGCGUGAAGAAGAGGAGCGCAAGAGGCGCGAGGAAGAAGCUCGGCAGAAACUCGAGAAAGAAGAAGCUGAUCGCAAAGCUCGCGAGGAAGCGGAAAAACAAAGACUUGAAAUGGUCGAGCGGCUUAAAAAAGAAGAGGAGGAGAGAAUUGCGAGACGCAAGCGAGUCGAAGCUAUUAUGAAACGAACACGUGGAGGGAAUAAUAAUCAAGCUAACACUCCUACUAAGGAUGGAGAUAAAUCAAAGGACGACAGCCCUAACGAGGAAAACAAAGCAGUACCGGGCAACAAAGUUGACGACGUCAUGACCGCGAGUCUUAUCUCAGAGGCGACUCAGCAGUUUAUCACCUCCGAGCAGCAAGAUAAUCGUUCUGGUAACAAUAGCCCAACAGCUCCACCAGAUAAUAUUGUGCGCAAUGGCACACACAGUAAUGGCAUUAAUAAUUCAAACAACAAGACAGCGACGCUCUUAGAAAACAAUCAGGGCAACGUCGAAGAAUUAAACGGCCAUCAUACGAAUAACCACGGCAAUGGCAUCAACUCCCAGAUUACUCUCGACAAUGCUACUGUAAAGCAGAACAACGUCACGAACAACCUAUUAGACUUAUCAGAGUUUGAUACUCUGAGUAAUAACAGUGCCGGAACAAUAUUUGAUUUAACUUCAAAUAUUUCAAAUGAAGACACACUCAAUUCUAAUUUGAACCCAACGGCAAUGCCAUUCACGCCGAUGGUCGUCAAUCCAUUUAUGCCUGUGUCUCCUAAUAAUGCCAAUACCAAUCCGUUCUCAGAUGCUUUCACCAAUAAUAAGACCCAGGAUAAUCAACUACCAGAUCUUCUCUCCUAAAACAAGUCUAAGAUCAAUUAAAAAGUAAAAUUGCCAGCUUGCUACAAAGCAAGCGUUAGGUAUUAACUAAAUAAAGGUGAAAGAAGAAUAAAAAAAACAAAGAAGAAAGAACGGAAGACUAUUAUAAGACUCUUGCAGAGUGACAGAGCAAAUGAAGAUACUAAUAAAUAAUAAAUGAUAAAUAACAACUAAUAUUAAUAGAAAAAGAGAGUGAAUAAAAUAUAGAUGUAAAUAAAUGAUAGAAUUUUAGCCAGUUUGACGGGGUCCAGACGAAGAAAAAUGAAAAAUAAUAAUAAAAAUACUACGAAUGAAGCCUUGCAAGCAGUUGCCCUCCUGGAAUAUUUAACUAAAAUUGAAUUACUAUUACAAUAACACGAUCAUGCGAUUAAAAUAUAUAUUUAAUGGUAUUGAAGAUAUGUAAAAUAAUAUUUAACGUUAAUUAAAACAAAUAUUAUAAUUAUUAAUUAUUAAUUAUUGUAUAAGUGGCAAAAUAGUUUGAAAAAAAAAAAACAACAACUCGUUAUAUUAUUGUAUGCUUAAUGACACACUAACUAGAUAAAUUUAUUUGUUUGUUCCUAUUUUUUUAAUUUCGAAAAAAUACGCCUAUUUAUAUAAUAAUAAAAAUAAAAAUUAUUAAAAUAUAUAUUUAGAUAUUAAUAACUAAAAAUUAUCAGUAAACAAAUCUGUACUUUAGUGUAUAAAAAUAAAUGUUAUUUCAGGUUUAUUAAUUAUCUAAUUGUUUGUCAUUAUAAUUAUUCAUUUUUGUCAAAGCUUGUUUGAAAUAAUUGAAGAAAAAAAAAAAAAAAUUGUUAGCCAAAUAAUUUCACACAACAUUGCACAAUUAAUCGUGACUUUCAUUGUAUCAGAUAUAAUAAUAAUAAUAAAAUAAAUUUAUCAUUAAAAAAAAAAUUGUUUAGAUAUUAAAUGUGGAAGUAAUGUCUAGCGACUUAUAUUGUGUCCAUUUAAAGUUUAAAUAAAAACUUAUAGAGAUGUUCUAUAAAA